AUGUCCGUUCCAGGAUUCCCCGGUCCAAAUGCCUGUCUCUCAUUCUGGCUGCAGGGCGUCCGCUCGUCGCCGCUCAUUGGACAUCGUACCACUGAAGCACUGCCCACGACGGCAGACGUCGUCAUCGUUGGCUCAGGUAUUACGGGUGCAUCUACAGCGUACUUUCUCCUCACAGGAGAGAACCCUCCGAAGAGCGUAGUCGUGUUGGAGGCGAGAGAGGUGUGUGAUGGCGCUACCGGCAGGAACGGUGGCCACUGUCGGCCGGACUGUUAUCGAGGGUACAUCAGGUACAAAGCCAGGUUCGGUAAAGAACAGGCUUUGAAGGUGAUUCAGAAUGAGAUGGACAACCUCAACUUGGUCACCGAACUCGUCGAGAAGGAAAACAUCGACUGCGACUGGUGGCGAGGAAAGUCGUUUGAUGUCGCCAUGGACCAGGAGUGUGCCGACCAGUUCACCGAGUCUUACAACGCGUUCAAAGCAGACGGCGGUCCUACUGACGGCAUCAUCGAUUGGCAUUCUGACCCAGCGGAAGCGAAACGUCUCACUCGAAUCCCCGGAUGCGUCCUAGCAGCUGCCUUCCCCGCCGCUUCGCUCUACCCUUACAAACUCGUCGCCCAUCUUUUCACUCAGUGCAUCGAUAAAUACGGUCUCAACUUGCAGACGUCUACCCCAGCUACGGCGGUGAACCCAGCUCCGAACGGGGGAGGAGGCGGGUGGGUCAUCGAGACCCCGCGAGGAUCUAUCACGGCAACCAAGGUCGUAUACGCGACCAACGCGUUUACCGCUACGCUCCUACCCGAGUUUGCUGAAAAAAUCAUCCCCGUACGCGGGCAGUGUUCAGCCAUCGUCCCCACCAAGGCAUACUCCGGCAAGAAUGCGCUCACGCAUACGUGUUCAUAUCAGUGGGGUAACGGUAACUUUGACUAUAUGAUCCAGCGUCCCAAGGACGGCAUCAUCAUCAUCGGUGGCGGAAGGUUCAAGGUACCUGACUCGGAUGUCGUGGGGCAGACGGACGACAGCGUGAAGCUUCCUGAGAUCACUGAGCAUCUGAAGACCGCCAUGCCGGUGCAUUUUGAAAACUGGGGAACAGAGGCAGUGGGUGAAGGACUCUUACAUGACUGGACAGGGACUAUGGGAUACACACUUGAAAAGGUCCCAUUCGUCGGCGAAUUGUACGAUAAACCUGGCGCGUUCAUUUGCGCGGGUCAUAAUGGCCAUGGAAUGGCGCGUAUACCCGCAUGUGCCAAAGGUCUUGCAGCUUUGAUACAAGGCGAACCUUGGGAAAAGACCAAGAUUCCCGAGUGUUUCAAACCCACACCCGAACGAUUGGCCAAGGCAUGA